AUGUCUGAAGUUGAGGUCUCCAAACUUGUCGUGGGCGAUCUCAUCUACGCCUCCAUCCAUAUAGAUAGGGCAGAUAUGGCAAACCCCAAGGCGACCAGUGGGACAGCAAAGAAGAUCAAGAAGGGUGAACCAGUCGUUCGCCACUGUGUCGUCCUCGAGAAGAACGAGCAUUCAGUUGUAGUCACUUACCUCGCCACCUUCGGCGGUUCCAAGAAAUUACCGACCACAUUGCAGGAGGUCUACUGGUACCCGAUCGAACCCGCUGAGAAAGAAGGGAAACAUGAACCUCUCCCCGAACUGAAUCCCGGUGUAGCACAGUGGGCAUCACUGCGUAAGAAGCAGACGGUGACUGGGGAUGUCAAGAUGAGUGACAUGAGAGUUAGGAUGUCUGAAGAAUCUGUGCACCUCGUACUGAGCGCAAUGCAUGCAUAG